AUGUCGUCGCUUCUGCGUAGCUGCCCACGUGGGGUCCCACGUCACGUGCAGAGGAUCGGCUACAUCUCCACCAGCGAGACCCUGAACCAAAAAAUCCUUCGUUGGCUUGAUGUUACGGGAAUGCUCACAAGGUGGCACUCACGUCGCGAGUUCAUCCUUGAUAUGGAUCCCUAUUUCCGUAAGAAUUCUGGUAUGUGGACUGAGUGGGAGAGAAAGACUUUGCUCUUCCUCUUCUACUGCUGCACCCUCGCCACGCCUUAUUCGGCCUACCUGGAUCUGCAAGAGUUGAAGCACCAGGGCACUAAGCCGCCGAGGCCAGUGUCAUUGGAGUCGCGCUUCAUGAAUCAGAGACGCUACGACUUCACUUGGAUGCAUCCCCAGGAUAAAUUCUGCUCCGAAUGCCGCCCUGUUGAACUGGAGUGUAAGAAGAUGUGCUUCGAUCGCUACAGAUCGAUGGACUACCGCAUGUACGGCUUCCAGAGGCCUCGUAUCCAGACCUACUACUCCUUUUCUACUUGCCCCCUGAGGGAUAUGUUCUCGUUUCUAUCCAAGCUGACAACUGACUCGCCGAAGAAAGAGGCGGCUGAGGAAUCCACCGUCGCAGUCGCCGAAGAGGUAACCGAUACAGGAGUGGAGGUUACUAGUGUUACGGUUACUAAAGUUGAGGAAGAGCCCAAGGGAACGUCUGAGACCAAUGCAGCAACUGGCAGUGAUGAGGCCGCAGUGGCUAAGAAGGAGGAUGCUGCGCGGUCCACUAGUGAAGGGAAAGAUGAGGAGAAGAAGUCUGCUGAAAGUGGAGUCCCUGAGGUGUCCCAACCUAAGGUCACUUCAACAAUUACAACUGAGAUGGGAACUCCUGAAGCGACAAAGACUAGUACUACGCCGACUGAGGUUGAGAAGGAAGAGGCGAGUGCUUCGAAAGGAAGUGUGACCGAGAAGUCACCUAAGGAGACACCCAAGAGUACCAGUGGGAAUAAGAAGAACAAGGGGAAGAAGAGCGUUGAGAACAGCCCGAGUAAGAACGGCGAAGAUCUGGAGAAGGAGAAUGAGGAGCUGAAGAAGAGGAUAUCUGAUCUCACGAAGAGGUAUGAAGAGCAACACUCGGAGUUUGCCCAGAAGAGGUCGGAGCAGAAGCAACUCGUCAGUGUUAUCACACAGCUUUACCAGUUGACUAUGGGUAUUGAUUCUAACACGCCUACGACCGAUUCUCCCAAGCAGCGUAACAGUUCCUCCCCGAAAACUCAGUCGAGCUCCACUGAUAAGAAGGGUCGCAAGACCCAACGGAGCCCUGGAAGUGCUGGUCCUAGCUCCUCGGUCCUCACUAAGGGCGACAAGGCAGCUGUAUCACCUUCCUCUAAUGCUACCGAUAAGAAGUCUGCGGCGUCAACAUAUCGUCGCUCUCAGGAGCAAAGUCUGCAACAACUGAUUGCCGAGGCUAAGGCUCGUCAAGCACAGUUGAAGAACAAGAGGAAGAGUGAAAGCAGUGUUGUCGCGUCUGGCCCCAACCCUGAGUCCGUCCGCGAGCAGCUUCGAGUGGCUACUACUAAGAAGGAAGUUGAGGAUGCUAUCAACGAUGCGAAGAAGCUGAAUAUGACCUACGAAUUGUCCCUCGGUGAGAAAAAGCUCAACGCCUUGACAGCAUGAAUAGUUUCACCUCAACAUCGAGAGCUACAUUAAUGACCAUUGCUAGGGCAGGCAUCUUUCUACUGUGAGACUGAGCGGUGCUGUCGGCACCCG